AUGCCGGGUAUUGAUCCUGCCAUCGCGUGCCAUCGGUUGAAUAUCAGUGAGGGAUAUAAGCCAGUAAUGCAGAAACCGCGAAAGAUGGCUCCAAAACGGAAGGCAAAGGUAGCAGAAGAGAUUGAAAGAAUGCUAGAGGCUAGGAUCAUCGAACCUGUCAGAUAUCCAAAGUGGUUAGCAGAUAUUGUAGCAGUUCCGAAGAAAAACGGGAAAAUCAGGCCCGAAGACAUGCAAACCAUCUACAUAUAUCUUGCUGCAAGUGAAUAUGCGGUGACUGCAGUUUUAUUCGUCCGAGAGCCUGAUAAAAAGCCAGUUUAUUUUGUUAGAAAAUCAUUAACAGAUGCAGAGACUACAUACUCACAGAUAGAAAAAAUGGCGCUAGCUCUUAUGCAUGCAGCAAGGCGCCUAAAGCCAUAUUUUGAAGGGAGACGACUCGUGGUAUACACUGAAUAUCCACUUAAGAAAGUAUUGGGAAGAACGGAUGAUUCAAGUAGGCUAGCCACAUGGGCUACUUACCUUGGCGCAUACACCAUUGAUUAUGAACCAAGAACAUCAGAAAAAGGGCAUGCCGUAUCAUCACUGAUGACAGACUUCCCAGUGGAUGAUAUUGAGGUUUAUGAAUCCAUUGUUGACGAGGAAAUCCUACAUGAAGCGGAAAACGUGUUACCAAUCCCAUUGCCAUGGGAACAUUUGAAAGUAAGUAAGAAAGCUUCGAAAGAAAUAGAUGUGCAAACGAGUAUUAAAGAGUCAAUGUUGAUACCUGAGAAGGACAAUGGGGUAUGGAAGAUCUAUACUGAUGGAUCGGAAAACACCGACGGAGCAGGCGUUGGUUGUGUACUAGUUUCCCCAGAAGGAUUGCAAAUAGAAAAAGCCAUCCGGCUAGGUUUUACAGCUUCAAACAAUCAGGCUGAGUACGAGGCUGCAAUAUCGGGACUGAAAACUGCACUUCACUUGGGGGCGCGGAAAGUCGUACUGACAACCAACUCAAGGUUAGUCGUCAACCAGUUUAUCGGUGCAUACAUAAUCAGGAAUGAGAAGUUAGCUUCUUAUUUAGAAUAUAUAAGUGAGUUGGCAAAAGAAUUUGAAUAUUUCAGAAUCGAACAGAAGCCAAAACUUGAGAACAGGCAUGCAGACGCCCUUGCUUACCUGUCAGCAGCAGUAGAGUCAGAUACAACCCGGUUUAUCGUAGUUGAUUUCCAAGAACUUCCUAGCAUUCACAAUAAUGUUGCUGCUGCACAUAGAAUUUUUGCAAAUGAAAUCGGGAAUGGCUCGUCCGAAGCGCAGCACGAUCCUAUAGAUACUGAUGAAACCCUGAAUGAUCAAUCCGAAGACUGGAGACAGCGGUACAUUCGUUACCUACAAACACAGGAGCUUCCAGAUGAUAAAUACAAAGCCGGUAAAAUAACGAAAACUGUUUGGAGAUACACUAUGAUAGAAGAUGAACUAUAUAAGAAACCUAUCGCAAUGGAACCAUACCUGCGAUGUGUAACUCAAGAUACUGGCAAGCAGUUGUUAGAUGAGGCACAUGAAGGAUGUUGUGGGAAUCAUUCUGGAGGCAGAAGCCUGGAACACAGAUUGUUGUCUCAAGGGUACUUUUGGCCCUAUAUGCAAAAUGACGCGAAGGAGUACAUGAAAAAAUGUAUGGAAUGUCAGCUACAUGUCCCUCUAAUAAAGAGACCGGCAAAUGAGCUACAUCCAGUAAAUAGCCCGUGGCCAUUCAGCAAAUGGGGUUUAGAUAUUAUAGGUCCAUUCCCCACAGCACCUGGGGGCGUCAAGUAUUUGUUAGUGGCGACCGACUAUUUCACUAAAUGGGUGGAAGCAGUAGCAUUGGUAAGAACGGAGGCAGCACACGUCCACAGAUUCAUCCGGGAGAACAUUAUAUGCAGGUUCGGUGUACCGGCAAUGAUCGUUUCUGACAACGGAAAGCAGUUCGACUCUGAAACAAUCAAGUCAUUGCAUGAAGGAUUACAUAUUAACCACAACUUUUCUACUCCUUACUACGCACAGAGUAACGGACAAGCAACGACACCAAGGCGAUCGACUGGAUUUUCUCCGUUUACGCUAGCAUAUGGGACAGAAGUUGUACUACCCAUAAAACUACUGGUUCCAACUACAAAGACUCUGGCAGAGCAUUCGGGUCAGAACACGGAAAUUCUUUCCAAAGAUAAAGAAUUCCUAGACGAGGUAAGGGAUGAAGCUUCGAAAAGGCUAGCAAUAUACCAACAGUCCAUGAAGCAACAAUACAACAAGAAAGUACGCGAACGAUCAUUUGUUCCUGGAGAGGAAGUCUUAAGGAGAACCAGACCCAAAUCAUUAGAUGCAAGCGGUGGAAAAUUAGAAGAAAAUUGGGAAGGACCUUACCUUGUGGAAAAACUCGCUAGCGGCGGUGCUUAUUGGUUGAGGAACAUGAGCGGCAAAAUGGAGCACAAACCAUGA